CUGUGAGGAAUUUGACCGUUUAAUUCAAAAACUUCGUCAAAUGGUUAAUAUAGUCUCUAAUAACCCAGAAUCCCCUACAAUAAUUACUAACAGAGAUGGAAGCUUAAUAACUAAUUUACGUCCAUCAACAACAGCUAGUUCAUCAACUAAUUCUCCUUCAUUAUUAUCUACAAGUAAAACAACAAAACAAAGAAAUAUAAAUAAAAAUAUUGGGGGAGGAAUUAAAACAAAUAUUAAUAAUAAUAGAAGGACAAAAACUGAUUAA